AUGAAUAUACCAUUAGUCGCAUCCGUCAAGUUACCAUCCUAUACCGAAUACACCACAAAGUGGAAUAACAUAAUAGCAAAAGCUAAACUUGAAUUAACAGAGGUCAUGCUGAGAGCUAGAGAGGAUGAACUGCAACAAAUUAAAAAAAAGGUGAACGAAAAAAUGACAGCCGUCCUAGAAAAUAAUCAAAACAACGAGGAGUUAAUAAAACAAAUAUUUGAAGGGAUGGCAAGUGACAGUAAAGAAAGAAUGACAAAACGGCAACGUUUUUUAGAAGAGAAAGCCGAAAGCAUGAACGAUCGUUAA